AUGGAGGCAGAUCUGCCGCCUGCUUUGGCCGUGCAGCAACAGGUUGCACAGCUUCUCGCCGACUUCUCGCAGCCCGACGCCCUGACGGCGUCACUGGUUGCACUAGUCACCUCGACGGAGUCGGCGAGCUCGCUACUCCUCUCGACCGCGCUCAACCAGCUCAUCGGAUCCACCUUCUCCCUCGACGACUCUCGACCCGACCCUGCACGCAUCGCUGCGUACCUGCACGACUCGCUCUUUGCGACAAUCGGGCGUGGAGAUGACGGCGAGUCGGACGAGAACAACUUGGAGCGGAAGGCGGCGCUGGCGGACGCGAUUAUCGACGUCGCAUGGCAACUCGACCAGCAAGUCGACACGCAGGUCCCGCUGAUGUGGCGACGGGCAAACCCGCCCGCACCUGUCGAGUCGUCGGCCAACCAGGAGCCAGCUGCGGAGAAGAUGGAGGUUGAUACGGCGGAACCGAAGGCGGACAACCUCGAGGCGGAGAGGACGAAGCAGAUGGCUGCGGCAGUCGAGGAGGCGCGGCAAAGGCUUGCACAAAUUGUCAAGCAGCUCGUCCAAUCCGGAGACUUGCCUCGCGAAGCCGUCCUCGAACGCCUCGAACUGCCGUUCAUCCGCUUCCUCGGCAUCCUCCCCGACCCCAACUUCUUCCAGCGCCUCGAAGUGCGCCAACGGACGGCCCUCUACUACAAGCAGCAAAAGUUCAAUUUGCUCCGCGAAGAGUCGGAGGGUUACUCAAAGCUUGUCGUCGAGCUGCUCGGCUCGAUGGGGCCGCAGCUUUCGCACCUUGAUGCGUCAAGCCAGGAGUCGGAGGCUGCGCGGAUGAGGCGGGCGAAGAGCGUGAACGACCGGGUCAAGAACCUCAUCGGCAACUUCGAUCUCGACCCGAGCCGCACCCUCGAUGUUCUUCUCGACACCUUCUCCGACCACGUUGUCGAGCACUGGCAGUUCUUCUUGGACGUCCUCGCCGUGUCCCCGUGGGCGCCGAAGCAUCUCGGUCAAGCGACAAAGACCGGCGGGAGCCUCGACAAGGGCAAGGGCAAGGGCAAGGCGAUCCCGGUCGAUGUCGGCCUCGAGACGGAUGAGGGCAGCGAUACAAUCGCUCAGAUUCUCGGCUUCAAGUACGCCUUCUACCACGGCGACGAGGCGCCCGAAGUUCCGGCCAACCUUUACACGACGACCGCGCUGCUGAUUUGGCACGGCUUCGUCAAGCUUACCGACUUGUGGGCGCAUCUCUCGCCGACGGACGAGGAUCUCGCCAAGCUCGAGACGAAAUGGCGACACGAGCAGGCUCAGCUGGCUCGCUCAGUCGGCGGCGCAAACGCUUUGGCGAUGGCUGGCGCGCUAGUAGACGACGAAGCGCCAGCUGCCAAUCCUGCCGCCUCGACGUCUGUCAACGGCGCCGCCUCGACUUCGACCGCUCCUCCGCCGCCCCCUCGCGACCUCCCGAACCAGAAGGUCGGCCUUCUUCGCGCCCUCCUCACGAUUGGCGACAUUACGCACGCCUUCUUCAUCCUCGGCCAAUUCCCCUUCCUCGUAUCCGCCUUCCCCGACAUCGCUGACCUCCUCAACCGUCUCGCGCACGUCUCGAUCGACCUCGCCUACGCCAGCAUCUCCAUCUCCCGCCAGCAUGCCCAGUACGCCGACGAGUUCAAGGCGGCUAAGCCGAAGGUUACUGUCGACUCGAAGGGCGAGAAGAAGGUCACGAUGCCUGAGCGAAAGCUCGCAUUGACAGCGGAUGCCUUCCCGGAUCCUCGGAGGGACUGGACUUUCUUCUUCCCGCGGUGGCAGGAACGAGUGCCUCGGGCUGGCGACUGGGCAGAAGUCGUGCACCUCCUCGAGGAAUUGUACCUCCCGCUCGUCAAAGUGUUCGUCGCGCGAGACUUCAAGCUCUUCACCAAGCUCAUCCGCAUCGCCGUGGCUGACCUCUCGACGGAGUUCGCGCACCACCCUCGCCGCGUCAACUGGCUCGACCUCCUUCGCGUCCACCUUGUCCCCGCCGUCUCCCUCCUCGACAGUUUCACCGCCGCGCCGCUCGAGCUCUGGCGGGUCCUCUCGCUCUACCCGAUCGAGACUCGCUUCGAGAUCUACGGCGAAUGGAAGGACGUGCACUACCGUCGCAAUCCGGUUCUCGGAGUCCGCAAAGCCGAAGCUGAGCGAGACGUCAAGUCGCUCCUUCGCCGCCUGUCGACGGACAACGUCAAGAAGCUCGGCAAGUCGUUCGCUCGCAUCGCGCACACGAACCCGGCCGUCAUUUUCGCCGUCGCGCUCAACCAGGUGCAGAGCUACGAUAACCUGAUCAUCCCCGUCGUCGAAGCGUGCCGCUACCUCACCGACCUUGGCUACGAUGUCAUGGCGUACUCGAUCCUCGAUGCAUUGAGCGCGAGCAAGCCCAAGACGAAGGAGGAUGGAACGAGCAUUGCGAUGUGGUUGCAGGGCCUCGCGACUUUCACAGGCCACGUCUACCGUCGCUGGAUUGCCAUGGUGCCGUCGCUCUGGGUCAUCUUGCAGUACCUUGUCAACCAGCUCGUCUCGGGCAACUCGAAGGAUCUCGUCAUCCUCCGCGAGCUUAUCGGUCGCAUGACCGGCAUCGAGCCGUUCGCAGAUCUCUCCGACGCGCAAGUCUGGUCGCUCGCCGGCGGGAAGUACCUCCGCAACGAAGUCUUCCAGAAGACGGAUAUUGCGAAGGCGUCGGCGCGAGGUCAGUUAGACGGACUCGCCAAGGCCAAGAACCGUCUCGCCAGCUCAAUUCUCGACAAAGGUCUCGCGAUGCCGCUCGCGGUCAACAUCGCCUUGCAGCGUCAGGCGUGUCUCAAGACGGACGCCCAUCUCAAGUCUCUCUCGUCCCUUUUCGACCAGAACCACGCCAUCCUCUUUCAGUUCAACGAGCUGCUUCAAGCGAUCACCACGCCCGACCAGCUUGCCGCCCUCGUUCCAUCUGUCGUUGACCUGCUCGGGCGCUUCCAGCUCGAUGCGGGCGUCGCCUUCGACCUCGCUCGUCCCCGACUCCGCAUCGCCCUGCGCGAAUACGAUGAGAAGGAGGCUGCAGAUCUCGCAGCCGAGGCGGCCAAGAAGAAGCAAGGUUUGCUCGCCAAGCUGGCGAAGGAAAAGGAGAAGGCUUCGCCCGCUCCGGUGGACGUCAACACACCUGCCGAAGGUGACGACGUCAAGAUGGCCGACGUCAAGGAGGAGGGCGAACAGGAGGAGAGCGGGACGCCGCCGCCGCCGGACGCCAAGAUGGAGGCGAACGGGGCUGUCAACGGGGACGCCGCGAUGCUGGACGCCGUGGCAGCCGACGUGACGCUUGCUCCUUCCACCGAUCCCUGGCAUCCCGGUCUCGUUCAAGUAAUCGAGGACAUCGCCGAGCUGAUGCCUGAGGGUGCGCGCAAGACGAUCGGGGCGCCAUUCUUCGCGACGUUCUGGCAGCUCGCGCUCUACGAUAUCCAGUACCCGAAGGAGCGCUACGACGCCGAGAUCAGCCGUCUAAAGCACCUCCAGCGCGAGGCAAGCGCUUCGACGACGCUCAAGCCGGAUGACCGCCGCUUCUUCAUUGACGGCGUCAUGGCAAUCGCGAACGGCCUCGUUGAGGAGGCGGCGAAGCAUAUGAACGCUCGCUCGACCGUCAAUCGACGCCUGACGCGCGAGAAGGCGCAGUGGUUCUCCGGCGUCUCGACGACCGACCAGCGCCAACAGCUCGUCCACGACAUCUUGCAGCACUGCCUCAUCCCCCGCUCCCGUCUCUCGCUUCCCGACGCCGUCUUCUCGCACCAGAUGAUCAAGCGCCUCCAUUCGAUGAACACGCCUCAGUUCCACACCAUCGUCCUUUACGACUCGCUCUUGACGACUCAGAUCAGCCCGAUCCUCUACUCGUGCACCGAAAACGAGGCUCGCAACUUCGGACGGUUCCUCUUCGACGUGCUCGCCGACCUGUAUCGCUGGCACAAGGACAAGAGCGCUUACGCCGAAGAAGCCGCAAACCCGCAGACUUCCGGAUUCUUGCGAUCCAUGGCGUCGACGCAGGCUGGCGAAACCGGCAGGAUUCGCGGGUACUACGAUCACGCAGAGUACCAGCGCGCCGUCCUCAAGUGGCACACGACGAUGGUGCAGGGCUUCGUCGACAGCUUCAAGUCUGAGGAGUACAUGCACAUCAAGAAUUCGAUCCUCGUCCUCACCAAGGUCGCCCCGUACUUCCCGCUCGACUACACCGUCGGCGAGAAGCUCGAACGUGCGGUCUCCGAGCUCGUGCUUGCCGAGAAGCGCGAGGACCUGCAGAUCCUCGCGCAGGGCUACAAAGCGGUCAUCUCGAAACGUCGCUCGCAGUGGAUCAAUCAGCCGAAGCCUGAGACCACGCCAGCGCCGUCCGCGUCGAAGUCUGUCCCGACCAAGGCAUCUCCCGCUGUUACGCCUGCCGCCUCAUCAAAGCCCUCACCCGACCCUGCUCCUGCGCCUACUCGCUCGGCCGACACCUCGCGGGUCCCGACCGGUCCCAAGUCCUCCCUGCCGAACCGGCCAGGACUGCGCAACGCCGACAGCGACGUCAAGCCGCCCACCGGUCCCGCCGCUUCGCGCUCGACUUCCGAUGCUGCUCGACGAUCCGAAGCUCCCGCGCGCACGCCUGUCGGCAGCACCAGUGACGCUGACAAGCGGCAAGAACCCCCGACCAAGCCAGGCUCGGCAGCAUCUCGCAUGGAGCCGCCUCGUGGUCCUGCAGCAUCAUCAGGCUCGUCUCGCAGUCAGCCGGCCAAGGCCGACUCCGGCUCGCGCAGCUCUUCUCGAGCCGCCAGUCCACGACCAACCGACAGUGACCGAGACCGUCGGUCGCGCGAAUCUCGCCACGGAGACCGCGGACGGCAACGCAGCCGUGACCGAGCGCGUGAGAAAGAGCGGGAGCAGGAACGCGAAAAGGAGCGUGAGCGGGACCGCGAGCGGGAAAAGGAGCGGGAAAAGGAGCGGGAGAAGGAGCGAGAGAAGGAGAAGGAGAAGGAGCGGGAACGGGCCCGGAGCGUCGAGUCUUCGCACUCUUCUCGCGCCUCACGCGGUGACACUCGGGAUCCGAGGGACAGCCGCCGGGACGACAGACACGACUCACGGUCUGAUCGGCGCGAUGACCGCCGCGACUCGAGGGACGACCGACGUGGGGCCGACCGCGACAGGCGAUCCAACGACUCGAAGGAUGCGCGCGACGGCCGUGAAACUGAUCGGAGCAAUCGGAGCAGUCGAGGCGACGAGCGCAGCUCGAAGCCAGUUGACGACCGUCACGCCUCAGCAUCCUCCAGCUCUCGCCGUGACGAUACUCGUCGGGACGACCGACGACCAUCAGAUCGCGCUAAGCUGUCGCGUGAGGCCGAGGCGCGGGAGGCGGAGAAGGAGAAGCAGCGCGAACGGGACCGGCAGCGAGAAGCGCAGCGAGAGAAGGAGCGCAAGGAUGAGCGCGAUCGGCGAGUGAGGGAUGCGGACGAUGCCUCGCGGUCGCAGCAGUCGGGGCGAGGUCUGCCCGCCAAGCCUCCGCCUCCUUCGGGCGACCGUCUUCGACCCGCACCCGCUCAUCGUCAGUCAGAGCCGAAGAGCGAGCAGGACCCGUCCAAAGCCUCCCUCCUCGAGCGGGCGCGCGCUAGUCUGCCUGGCGGGUCAAGCUCGACUUCGCCAUCCGGUGCGGCAUCUGAGCGCAACUCGCCAUCCGAAGAGCCGGGUCCGCUGUCAAUCAAGGGCCGUGGUUCAAGCCGUUUAUUCAACUCGUUGACGUCGACCAGCGUGGGAGGCAGCGGAGGUGGCAGCGGAGGCGGAGGCGGGAAGAGGGAGGACGACGGGUCGCGGAAGCGCUCUGCAAACAGUCUAGCAGAUCGACUUGCGCCAGACUCGCCGAAGCGAGCGCGGACAGACGAGACGCCGCCGCGCGACACCGCGCAAGAUUCAUCUUCGGGACGAGGUGACCGAGGCGAACGAGGUGGUGGCGGACGCGAGCGCAGCAGACGGUAG